GACUUUCCUGCCGCCCAGCAAGGUUCUCGAGUGUGCCGAGGCAGGACAGUUUCUUGCGGUUUGUAGAUGGAAACCGAUCACUUUCUCUCUGCACAUUCCAGGAGGACGCCUCGUUAUUCAGGAAAGAGAAGCUAGCAAGUCGUGGUCUAGUCGCAACGCAAGCUCCUCUUCUAUUCUCUCGCUCAGAAUCUUAGCUGAAAUGACUGCUAGUUACCCUGCGUGAUUGUUCGACGAGUGUGCUCUCUCCUUCACGCACUGAUAGACGGAAGGAUUACACCACCCCAGCAAGAGAUGCAGCGUUGUGUCGCGCUCGUAUCCUAUUAUCCCACCUUAGUACACACUUAGAAACGCAGAGUCUUUAUUUAAGUACAAGGUGUACAAAGUCUCUUUGUGCGCGACUACUAAUUAAACCACGAUGUGGAGCCCAGUGGGCAACCUUAGCCCGCUAGGCGGGAGAAAAGAGCCGUCCAGCAGAAGGAAGGAGAAUCGGACGCCUAAGUCCGGCAAGCGGCUGCUCGCGUGUUUCGGCGGCAGUCUGCCGGCAGAGAAUGAGCCGGCAGAAUUCGGUGGCCGGCGAAGCAGCCCCAUGGCCGGCGCUCUGCAACCCAAAUCCACGAACCGGGAUGCUGUUUCUCCGCGUCACAAGUCGCCCAUCCGCGGUCGCUGGAACAUCGUGAAAGCAGAUCGCCAUCGCGAACUCUUCGCGAGCAACAUUAAUGGCAACGGGAAGGACCACAACAACGACUGUUACCACCCCCCCUCGCCCGAGCACUACUCCCCCCACCACCACUGCUGCGACCACAACGAUCCACGUCAGCGCCACCACCAUCCACGUCAUCUCAACUUCGACGACGACGACGAAAACGCCGACCCGAUCUGGGGCCUCGGCCCCAUGGCCGCAAUUCCCGCCGGAUCUUCCGUCGCGUCUUGCUGUAGCACCAACGAGAAAGAGGCGCAGGCAGGCUCGUCGGGGGUCAAGAACGACCCGAAAGAAAGCGGAGGCCCCGCAGGGGGCGGCGGCGGCGGCGGCGGGAGCAGUAGCGGCUCGGUGGUGUGGGGCCACGUGGAGGAGCUGGCAAAUGAGGUGGCAGAAUUGAAGCGACGGCUGCAGGAGGAGGAGGAGGAGGGCCGGCGGCUGCGCAACGAGGUGAAGCAUCUCCGCAGCAACAACCUGCAAAACCUUGAUUCGAAGACCAUGAACCGCGAUUUGAAAACCAUCACGCCGCCGCGGCGCUCUCACCGCGCGCCCGACCCGAGUCGGGUUUCGCCGGCGCUCCUCGCGCAGUCCAUCCGCGCUUCGUUCAUCGAGCCUGCCGCCGGCAGCCCGUCUCCAGACGGCUACUGCGGCGGCGGAGGCGGCUUCGGCAGCGGCGCGAAUCUCAGGAGGUCCGUUUCCCUCGGCCGCGCUGAGGGCGUGUCUGCCUACGCCCGUCGCAUGGCCGCCGCGCACGCGGCGAACAAUACCGAAGGCGAAGACACCGGAGCCGCGAAUGCGAAUGAUAGUAACCCGGUGUGGGUGAGCGGCGAGCAGUGGGUGCACACUCUCUCCUCCCCGCGUCACAGCGGCUAUGCGAGUGAAUUCGGUGUGCUGCAGUUAGGAGACGACGAGGAUGGAUUAAGGCGCUCCUCCGGCACUCCGCUCUCGCUCCUAGUCUCCCUCUCCCGCCCGCUCUCCGGCCCUCUGCCGUACCAUUCGCAGUCGGCUCGGCGCGCGUCGAUCGCUCCUCUAAGCGCAAAUGACGGCGGUCGUUAUUCGGGCCCGCAGACUGCCGCAGUGGGAGGCUCGCCUGGCAGGCUCGGUACCAGCCCAAAUGGCAAGCUUCGGAAUGGAAACAUGAUUGUAACGGGACUGACUGUAACGGAUGCGAAUGGUGUCGCGAAAACUAUCGCGAUGGAGCCGAUCGUGACUGCCGAACCUACGACUCCGAGCCGACCUCCGGUCUACCAGGGUCGGCCGAGCCUGGAUAAGAAACGGCCGCCGCCAAUCAAAGGCAUCCCGUUGCCCUGGGAUUCGAUGGACGGCGAGGAGUUGAAGAGCCAGGGCGCGCUAGGGGGAUCGGGGACAGCGGAAGGCGGAGGCGGGGCGGAGACGGCGGGGGAAAAGAGCGUUGGCGGAGGACGGGGAAGCGGAAGAUCGUGGGGGAGAGUGAGCAGCCUGAGCAGAGGGGGGAGCGUGGGCGGGGGUGGUGGAGUGAACGGGCGUGAGGGGGAGGAGGUGGAGGGGGAUGAGUAUAGCAAUGAGUGUGAGGAAGGGAGUAUGGAGGCGCAUGCAUCGGAUGAGGACGAAGGGAAGAGAGAAGUCAGGGGCGAAUGGAAGCAGGCGGAGGAGAAAGACAAAGGUGAGAAGGGGAGGCAAGGGGAGCAGGUGAAGGGGAGGCAAGGGGGGGAUGGGGACAUAGAACAGCUGAUGGCACUCGUGGGAGCGAACACGGCUGCAGCAGGGAGAGGCAAGGCUGGUGCUAAGCCCACUGCUGCUGCUUCUGCUGCCGCCUCACCUGCCGCCUCACCUGCAGCUCUUCCCCGGGCCAGCAGCGUGGGCAGCGGGGGAAGGGCGGCAGGCGGGGCUAGGGGGCGCAGCGCAAGCCCUGUGCUGCGGCGGAGCAGCAGCAGUGGCGCCGCGGGCGGUGUUGGCGCUGCUGGCUCUCCCCGCGCUGCUUCCCCACGCGCUGCUUCCCCCGGUGCUGCUUCUCCCCGGAGCCUGGGCAGCGGAAACUGCAGCAGGCUUGCCUCUCCCCGCGCUUCUUCCCCCAGAGCUCCUUCUUCCCGCGCUGCUUCCCCCAGUGGCGGUAACAGCCGGACGGCAAGCGGAGGGGCGGUGAGGGGAAGUCUUACGAGGAGCGUAUCUGAUAAGGCCAGGGCUGGUAGGGCCCCGCGCACACCAGCAGCGCCCACCUCUGGAAGCCCCAUGUCGCGGCGCGCGCUUGCUUUCUCUUCGGGCAGCCCGGGCAGCUCUGGAACAGCUCUGGGGGCGCGGGCAGCAUCAACAAGAUCUGCGGGCUCUGCAGCCAAUGAGAAACUGACGCGUGGCCAGAAGCAGGUCGAGGAGGAGGAGGAGGAGCAAGAGCAGGAAGUGGAGUUUGAGGAUAAUGAGACGGCUGCUGGGAGUGGGAAAACUCAUCUGCAGCCAGAGCAGGAGGAGGUGGAGGAAGAGGAGGAGGAGAGGGAGCAGGAGCCGGACGAUGCAGAGAAGGAAGAGGGGGAGAGGGAGGAAGGGGAGGAGGAGGGGGAGGAGGGGGAGGAGGGGGAGGAGAAGGAGGAGGGGGACGACACGUUCGCGGAGCUCAAGGAUGAGGACGGCCCCUCAGUGCCACUCGCCAGGCAGAGGAGCGACCGCAGCGGCGGCAGCAGCGGCGGCGGCAGAGGGCGGAGCACUGGAGCAGGUGGGGGAGGAGGAGAUGGUGAGGAUGCGGAGGAGGAGAGCGAAGAGGGUAAUUUACCCUUGCGGCGCGCGGAGACGGUGGAGACGGGGGAUAAUCUGUUUGGCGACGACAUUGACGAGGAGAUCGAGAUGGAGGGCGGGAAGGGAGGGGGGGGCGCGGCGGCUGCAGGCGGGGAGGGCGGGGAAGGCGGGGAAGCGGGGGAGGGUGGGGAAGGCGGGGAAGGAGGGGAAGGCUGUGGGGGAGGUGAGAUCCCGUCGCUGCAGCGGCAGAAUGUGUUGAGGGGGAACGGUGGGAGUGAGGUGGAGACGGAGAGGGACGGGGUAGGAGGAGAGCCUAAGCCACACGGGCUACAGCAGCAGCAGCAGCAGCAGCAGCAGCAGCAGCAGCAGCAGCAGCAGCAGCAGCGAGGCGAGGAUGUGUUGGGGCGCGCAAGGCCUGAUGCCGGCACGAUUACCAGCAGCAACAGGCUUCGCCGCUCCGUGUCCGCUGACGUAAGUGACGCAAGGCUGGUUCUGGGAAGCGCCCCUGAGGAUGACAACCGUGAGACUGGCAGCCACAGCCGCAGGAAUGGCAACAGCACCAUGAGUCACAGGCGUUUCUACAGUCACGGUCAGAACGAGGACCAUCCCCACCACCACCACCACGACAACACCACCAACCAUAACCACCAGAGCGGCCACCAACAUCAGCAGCACCAGCACAGCAAGCAGAGUAUGUUCCAGAGGUUGCUUCAGAAAGCCAAGAAGAGCAUCAUUGGCGGAAGCGGUAACACAGGUGGUAACCACACAAGGAAUCACCAGCAGCUUUCCCUGGGCGUGGAUGCAGGCAGGAAGGGCCCGGCGAGAACUGUGUCUGAUGGUGCUGCUGCUGCUGCUGCUGCUGGGUGGAGGAAGCACGGUGGGGAGUCCUGGGGGAAUAUGAGUGAGGGCGUGGAUGGUGAGGGAGGGGGAAGGGGGGAGUGGAGUGAUGGGCACGCGGUGGAGAGUACGCAUACAGGUGGGCACAGGAGAGAAGCUUCGUUUGACAGCAGCGGAGGGGGCGGGCACAGGAGGGAGAGGGGAGACGGGAGCGAGGAGGAUGGAGGCAGGAGGGAGAGGCAGGAGCUGUUAGCGCAUGCAAGUGUGUUGAGUGGUGGUGGUGCUGCUAGUGCUGCCAGUGCUGCUGCUAGUGCUGCUGCUACUGCCGCCAUGACUACCACCCACGGUGGCCACAGUGGUGGAAUUCUUGGGAAGACAGGAAGAGCCAAGGAAGCAGCAGCAGCAGCAGCAGGGGCAGGGGCACCAGGGGGGGCAGCAGCAGCAGCAGCAGCAGCAGGCACAGGACCGUCUCCCAUCUGGUGGAAUGGUCGCAGCAGCCCGCCCCCUCUGCCCAUCCCCUCCUCCUUUGACCCGGCUCUUCUCCUCAAGCCCACCAGCCCUACUCUCCGCCCCAACCACGGAACCAACCAUGCAACCGGCACCCCACCGUCCUCCGCCCCUGUGAGCCCCCUGGCUAGCCCCCGAACCAGCCCCCGAGCCAGCCCCAACGCCCUCAGCAGCCCGAGAAGGGUUGAGGGUUUCAGCCCCAGCAGCAACUGCGCCUCUCCAAGCACUUCCAACGGCGGCAGGCGCGGCAGCAGCAACACCUUGUCCUCCCCCAAUAAGAUCGACCCGAUCAUCCGUGCGCUGAAUUACGCGGCUGUUACUGGACGGUUACCGCCCGGCAUGGCUCUGGAUGCGAUCUCAGAAGAGAGGUCCAGUGCGCUCCUCUCCUCCGCCCUGCCCUCCCCCUGCCCCUCGGUGCAUAACUCCCUGCACCAGCUCCCUUCCCCCUGCGCGUCGGUUCAUAACUCGCUGCAACAGCUGCCGUCCCCCGGGCCUCCCUCUGUGCAUAACUCCCUGCAGCGCCCGCCCUCGCCCUCCCCCCGUGCUCCUGGGGCCGGGGGCGGCUCCUCUAUGCGCAACUCCCUGCACAUGUCAGGGGAAAUGCUCCCCCCCCCGCAUGUGGCCAUGCCUACUGCUACUACUGGCGCUGCUGGUUGUGCUGGUGGUGGUGCUGCUGCUCUUGCUGCUCCUCCCUCCUCCAAUCCAGCCACUCCUCGUCUCUCCCCAACCAGAGGAAUCGGGUCCUUGGGCUCCCCUCUCUCCCCCCUCUCCCCCACGCGCCCCUCCCCAUCCUCUCCCAUGAGCCCCAUCUCUCCUGCAUCCGCUUCCCCCAAGCCAAUCCCCAUCCGCCACGUCAUCCAGCGGCAGCAGCAGCAGCAGAGGAAACAGCAGCAGCUAAAGUCCCCCCGAGCCCAGCCCCAGCCCCAGCAACAGCAGCACCGAAAGCCGGGGCAACAGCUCCAGGUGAAGGGCAGCCAAGGGAGCCAGGCUAGGCCUAGUCAGGUGCUGGUGCAAAGACCAGGCAGCCUCAAGAGCCCUAUUAUCAAAAGCCCUGUUGUCAAAAGCCCGACUGUCAAGAGCCCUGUGGUCAGAAGCUCUGUGGCGAAGCUGCAGGGGCAAGGAAAGCAGAAUCCAGGCCAGCCGGGUCAGGCGAAGCAGCAGCAGGAGGAGGAGGAGGAGGGGGAGAGGGAGGUGGGGGCGCAGGAGAAGCUGCAGGCGCACAUGGAGGCGCAGAUGAGGAAGAGCCCGCACUACCUGCAGCAGCAGUUCUACCAGCAGCUCAAGCAGCACCAGCUGCAGCAGCAGGCGCUCAGGAGACAGAAGAGAGCAGCAGCAGCAGCAGCUGCUGGUGGUAGUGCUGAUACUGGAAAUGGUGGUGCUGGUGGUGGUCCUGCCGGCGCGAAGGGACCAGGAGCUGCUGCUGCGCCUAGUACUGGAAACAAGGCAGCAGCAGCGCGAAAGCCUUCAGCCGCAGCAGUGACAGCAGCGGCAACAGCCGCACCAGCAGUCGGUUCGGCAGCAAGAGGAUCUCGGCCCACCACCCCCACACGUGGUGGUACCGGUGAUAGGCCUGGGGCUGUGGCAGUUAGCCAUUCUUUCUUUGUCGGCCCAAGCAAAGGGGCCGAUGGGAAGGUGGCUCGACAGAGCUUCCAGCAACAGCCGCCACAGCAGCAGCAGCAGCAGCAGCAACAGCAGCAGCACGUGCAGAACAGCAGCUGCAAUGCCAUAAAUAACAGUUUUGCCGGAAAUAACCAGCUCCAUAAUGGCCCUGCCACCAGCACCACCAGUGGCUCCACGCUAGCAGCUUCCUCCAGUGCUGCAGGCUCGGCAUCUCGAGCAGGCUCGAUAGCCUCCAGGGGAGGUCCGGCAGCUGCUGGUGGCCAGCUUGGCAUGAGCAACAGCACUGUGGGAGGAGUGGGAAUGGUGGGAGGUGGAGGGCCAAGCGGCAAUGGGAUGCAUGGGAGUGGCAGCAGCAUUAUGAAUGCAGCGACAGCAGCAGCCAUUGCAGCGGCGGCUGGCAGCAUUGUGAGCGGCACAGGCAGCUCCCAGAGCCGAUCGUGCAGCCGCACGUCCAGCAUGCGAUCAGAGGACUUGAACAUUUCCAAGCUGAGGAACGGCAGUAUUUCCUCCAACGAGUCCUCCAUCUCCAUGUCAAGCCGCCAACCAAGGGGACGGCCCAUCAAUGCAGGCAACCAAGCAGGGCCUCCCAGCAGCCAUCUCAGCCAAAGCAUGGGCAACAAUCCAUAUCCGCAGCAACAACCAAAUGCUGGCAGCAUCAGUGCAUACCAUCAACAUCAACCAUUGAACAUGAGCAGCAACCCGUAUCAGCACCAUCAGGCCAAUCGCAGCCCAUUCUCCACACCCCCAGCGAGUCCUCCUCUCAGCCCAACCCGAGGGUUUGGAUUAAUUGGCUGGACUGCACAGGAUCUGAAUAAAAUGGGGAGGCAUUAGGUUAUUUACUUGCAUGCUUGAUAGCUAGAAUUGACGUUCUUUCCUAACUAUUGACAUUUCUCCUUAAAAGAGUGGAAUUGAACAC